GCGAGGGCUGGGCAGUCGGCUGGAAGCACUUUUCUCGUCCUUUUCAACUUCCCAGCGUAACUUCUGGAGAGGCUCCUUGGAGGAAAGAAGCCGCCGCCCGCCCGGACUCAGGGCCUUCCAGUUGUGCCCUCGGACAGGGUGGCCCGGGAGAAGUCCCUCCCGCGCCCUCCCGGAGUCGCUGUGAGGCGCAGGCCGGGAGGGGGCCGACCCCGCCCGCCGGCCCGGCGCUCGCUGCAGACUUCAGACUUCGGCAUUUCCUCCCCGCUAGCUGGCGCCGCGUCGCCUCCUGCCGAAGAGGAAGCUCCGGGACUGAGGAGUAACGGGCCGAGCUCCCAGGGCCGCGCGGGGUAGGCAACGGCCGGGCCGGGCCGGGCCGGGCAGGAGCGGGCCGAGGGCAGCGCGCCGGGCGCCCGGCGGGGAGCGCAACAGGGCGCGGCCCAGAGCCUGGCCGCGCAGGGCGGGCGGCCGCUGGAAGGAAAACUUGAGCCGCGAGGGAAGGCCGAGCUGCAGGGCGGCUGCCCCGGGGCCCGCGAGGGGGGCGCAGCCGCGGAGGCUGAGGUGACGGAGGCCGCGGGGCCGCCAGGGCUCUGCGCGCAUGCCGGACCGGGCGCGCCGCCCGGGCUCGCGCCCUGGGCUGCCCGGCCACCGCGGCCCCGGGCGCCCGGCAUGUCGGUGCACUACACCCUCAAUCUGCGCGUCUUCUGGCCCUUGGUGACCGGCCUGUGCACCGCCCUCGUGUGUCUCUACCAUGUCCUGCGGGGAGACGGGGCCACCAAGACCGUAUCCCCCGACGGUGCGGACGGUGGCUUCUCGCUGCUCAAAGUGGUCAUCCUGCUCCUGCUCGGCUAUGUCCUCCUGCGCUGUCGCCACGCUGUCCGGCAGCGCUUUCUGCCUGUCUCUUCCCGCGUGGUGGGCCACUCCGCCUUCUCUCCUAGAAACGUCUCAGAGCCGGGACUUAGCAUCUUGCUGGAGAGUUACUACGAGCACGAGGUGCGCCUGUCGCCUCACGUGUUGGGCCACAGUAAGGCGCACGUGAGUCGGAUCGUGGGCGAGCUGGUGCGGGCUGGCCGUAUCAGGGGCACCCCAUGCCCCAUCUCUGGGGGAACUUUGGCCUUGGCCUUCCGCGGGGACUUCAUCCAAGUGGGUAGUGCCUAUGAGCAGCACAAGAUCCGCCGGCCAGACAGCUUCGACGUGCUGGUACCCCUGCGCCUGCCGCCGCUGGUGGCGCUGGAGCCGCGGAGCCUGGGCGCAGAGCCCACUCUGGCCCCCGCCUUCCGCAACUGCUUCGUGUGCGCCCUCAAGGCUCCGCCCUCACCGUCGGGAACCUCAGGGGGCCACUGGCUCCGGAACUGCAAACCCUUCACGGACAGCUUCUGCGUGGAUGUGCGUGGUCAGCGCCACCUCUCUGCCACUUUGGUGUUGCGCUGGUUCCAGUCGCACCUGCAGCGCUCCCUGGCCACCGUGCGCUACAAACUGGAAGAGUGCUGUCGGGUCAGCUUGACCUCUGGUGGUCUGGAGCAGCCUCCUAUCCUACACAUUCUGCCAUGUCGCACGGAUUAUGGGUGCUGCCGCCUUUCCAUGGCUGUGCGUCUCAUCCCUGCGGUCCAUCUUGGGGACAGCGUCUUCCUUGUGGCACCACCUCCACCACCCUCCCCUGUUGGGCUCUUCUUGGAGCUCCCGGGAGGCCUGCGCUCUGAGGCACUGUGGGGUGUGAACACAGCUCGCCAGGAACAAAAGUUGCUGGUCUGGCUUCAGGAACGGGCUGCUCCAGGUGCCUGCUACCUCAAGUGCCUACAGUUGCUGAAAGCUUUGCGAGAUCUGGGUGCCCGUGGGCUGGACCCAAUGGCUGCCACCCAGUGGGGACAAGUCCUAUCCUCAUACGUGCUCAAGACGGUGCUGCUGACAGUGUUGCUGCAUGAGGGGACUUCGGGGCAAGGCUGGGAUGAGGCACACUUGAGUGAAUGCUUGGAGGAGCUGGUGCAGUUCCUUAAGGCCUGCCUGCUGGGACGCCAGACGCUCUUCCAUUGCAUCUUGGGGCCUGGUAGGGCGGCUGCCGAAGUGGGCCCUCUGCCCAAGGUACUUCGAGAAGCUGCCCCAGUGGACCUCCUGGCCACUUUCGACAUGCAUGCCCGAGAGCAAGCAGCAGUGAGAUUGCUGUCCACUUGGCGAAGCCUGCCCCAGCUUCUCCGGGCUUAUGGGGGUCCCCGCUACCUUGCCAGAUGCCCCCACCGGAGUCAGCGCACUUAAGGGUCCCCUGAACAUGAAUCAUAGACAGACAGCUCCCUCCUCUGCCUGAAUGCCCCUGGAGCCUUUCCUACGGGUGUGUGUGGGGGAUGGUGAAGGAGAGGUUAAAUGCACAGUGGUUUGAUGGAGAUGUUGACCAACUCGGGGGAUGCCAAAGGCUUAAUUGUCACUCUGGCUCCACACCCGAGUAUAAUUACCGCAUCUUCUGCAUACUAGUGUCCUGGGUAAACCAGGGAGUGAUAUCCAACUGCAGCUAUUGAGAGGUGGUCCACAUGGUGGUCUGUGCAGAAUCUGGUAGAAAGAUCUAAGUUACGCAAGCCAGCAAAGGAAGCAGGACCAAUUGCAGAGAAAGUUUCCUUUGCUGGUCUUCAGACAUAGAUAGCUGUGUCCCAAAGUUUAUAAACGUGAGUAUUUUUGACAUACCUAUUUCUUGGUACUGGGUUCCCAAUUUCUUUCUUUUUCAAUCUAAAUCAAUCCACAACUGGAAUCUAAGUUAUGUUGCAUGUUAAUGUUCUGUGAAACAUCAUUCCUCCAUUCAGAUUAAUAUUAAUGUACUUGAGUGGUAUAAUCACAGGUGUCUGAUAGGAUUGUCAAUGUCACACAUAUUGAGAGGCAAUCAAGAGUUGGUUGGAGAGCUUUUCAGAGUGAAUAGCACUUUAUGUUAAUCAGAUCUCUUAUUUUGGUUAUUAUGCUGCAUCUGAAAGAGGGGGCCAGAAACAUUUAUUAUGAAGUCAUAUGCAGCUUGGAAAGGCAGGCAGCAUGUUUAUGUACCAUCCCUCCAGGCCAUAAGCUGAACUGUGUCUCAGUUAAUCAGCACUCGUUCAUUGAAUGCCUACUAUGAGCCAGACAUGGUACAAGGUAGCAACAAAAUCCAUAAUUAAGACAAAGCUGGUGAGGCCAUCAAACAUGUCCGGUCUUGAAAAAGACAUCAUUCAGCCUUUGCCUAUUAAGAUGUCUGGCAAGGGUUUGCUGCUGGCUUGAAAUCUCUUUGCCCCUAGGGCUUUUAGGCAAACUCCUUUGCAAAGAUUUCUUUCUGAAUUUAAGGAGCUAGUGGGAAGGAAGUGAACAGUCUUCUCAGUGUCUGGUAUGUUAGUGUUCCCAAUGCACAGUGCUGGUGAAUGGUUGGAAGAUACUUCUCACUUGCCCAGGCUGCCUGUAGUCCUUAGGGGCUAACUUUGAGGGGCUCUUGAUUUAGCUGAUGUCCUGCAAAAGAUAGAGUUCAUUAGCUUGGGGUCUGUGCUUGGACAUCAGUUACUCCUAGUCAGUGGGCAGAGGAGACAGAGUGGAUAAAAUAAAUUAGAGGAAGAGCCAGGGAACAGCCUCUGAGAGAAGUCAUCUCUAGGGGGCAGGACAGAAAUACCACCUGGUAGCAUGUUAUUUUGCAGCCCAGAGGAGCCCAGUUGCUUGCAGUUCAAGUUUAGAGUGGCCCAUCGUCUGCUUGGCUGGUUGAAAGUGCAGCCAGUCUCAGCAUUGUAUGUACUUGGGGAUUUUUUUUUUUAAAAGACAUGUGCUUUCUUAGACUCUUAAAAGCAAAACUUGGAAGACAGAAGUAGUUACAUGAAUAGGUCCAUUGUUUCAUUUCUGAGCUAUUUUGAGGGCCUUCUAUAAACCUCCUUUCUUUAGGGGACCCACUUGGCCACUGUGGGAAAUUGUCGUGAAUAAAUGAUUUAUAGGGAAUCUUUGUCAUCAGAGCUGCACAGGGUUCUUAUAUCCUUGGAAACGUGGACUGAAGGAGAAACAGCUGCAGAUGUGAGAUUGUUCUGUGGACCAUUCCCCUGGAUACCCCAAAGUUCAUUUUUAGCUUUUGAGGCCAAUGUUAUAUCAUAUGGUACUGCAUUGAGCAAAAGGAUUAAUCCACAAGCUUCCUGCAAAGAUAUAAACUGCACAGUGUUUUUAUAGAUUACUUUUAAAUGCCAAGAGUAGAAAAUAUAUAUUUCCAUACUCAGCCUGACUUGCCCGGAGUCAUUAAAUCUCCUGGGGGUGGGGUGGGGAAAUGAGGCUAUUGGAUGGAUUAUAAGGCUUUAUUUUUUGUAUUAUAAAGCUUUAAAAGCUAAAAUAUUUCUAGUUGAGAUAAUAGGUUCCUUUUUAAAAAAAUCUUAAUACUUUAAAAAAGUAUAUAUCUGGUAACAUUUUCUUAUAGUUUAUUCUGGUAUGAUUUCUUUCAGGUUAAUUACCUAAAGCCUCAUCCAUCUUCAAGGUUUUUAAGUUUUAUUAUUUUUUUAAGUUAAUAAGCAUUGUAUUUGUGAAGUUUUAAAAUAUUGUUUUAUUUAAAUGCCAUGCUGAGCAAUUGUUCUCUGUACAUGGUAGCCAAAACUUAAGAAAUUUCGAUCAAUUUUGGUCAAUGUUUAGUAAUCCAAAACAUGUACUGUGUACAAAUGAAAUAAUAUGGCAUCUUAGCCGGGUGUUGAUGGUUGCCCGAGGCAUUUAAAUUAAGCUCAAUUUUGUAUUUUAUUGGGGCUCCAUCACAUCCUUCAUCUGGAAUGUACACAUUUUUGGUGUAUGUUUGGUACUGGAGAUUCACGUAUAAAAAUAUUUUCAUAUAAGAAGGCUGUACCAAAAUGUUUUUAAUUGCUUAACCAGUGGCCAAAGAAACUGUUGUGGGGAGGAUGACUCAGGCAUUUUGUGGUGAGACACCAGGCAGGAACUCCCACUGACAGGGCAUGGAGCCUUCCUGGAAUGCUCCUGGGCUGUGAGGAGAUGGCUGUUGCACAACAGAACUGUAGCUGAAAGAAGAAAUGCAUGUGAGCAAAGAGAAACUGGAGGAAUUCAGGAAGGAAGGAAGUGAAAGGAAGAGAGGGGAGAAGGGAGGCGAGGCAAAAUCCUACGAGGAUGUGAGAGGUUUGGGUUAUAAAGCACACCUUACGUGCUAUUUCCAGUCAGGGGUGGCCAACUCCUGCAGGAACUAGGAGCAGAAGUAAAUAGAGAAGGCUAAGAAGUAGGUGGGAACUGAGCCCAGCUUACAGGAGGUAACUGUUACUCAGCUCCACCGAGCAGAGAGGGACUGGAAAUCAGGAUUUUGGUUUUUUAAGGGUGAAGUUCACUGAGCUUUAAGGCAAUAAAUUUAAAAUGUCCAAAACAUCAAGUAGGCAGACAAAACAUUCAGUUGAGCCUGGGGGCUACCCGUUUGCAAUAGCUACCUUUUACAGUUGUCACCUCCCCAAAUAUGUAUAAGGGUUAUAUUUUUUGUAUGGAGAUGCUGGUGUUAUAUAUAGUUGGGGGUAUGAUAUUUCCAUGCUGUAUCUCUCAGAUUUAAGCUUUAUUAUAGGACCCCACCCCCCAAAAAAAUUAACACGGCCACAGAUAACACUAAACUCCCAGUUGGCAGAAGGUCCUGGGUGCUGGAGCCAUUCUUUUGGACUCAGACCCUCCAUGAAAUCACACAGGGCCUGUUCUUGGCAUUUCCUCCCUGGUGAUUUGGGCUAAACUUUGCUCCACUGGAGUUUGCAGAUGAGUAAUCAGGAAGGAUUGCAGAAUAACUUGUUUUGCUAUAUUUGUUUUUUGGUAUUAGAAUUAAUUAUCCUUUUUUGCUCAUAAUGUCCUAGCCUGUUCCUUUCAGAAAUGGUUGGUGGCCGUGAGCAGCAGUUAAAACAGAGCUGGGUCUGUGGGCCAAUCUUCUUAGGUUUAUCCCAUCCCUGCUGCCAAGAACACAGUUCUGGUCAGAUUUCACUGCCAAAAUUAAUAUCCCACAGCUCAAAAAGCAUCAACCAAACACGCUUCUGGGGCUUCUCAUGAAACCUGGAGUAAGUCAUUUUUUUUCCUGUAACAUGUGACUUUGAUAUUGAUGAAGAUAGUGUCUCAUAAGAUUUUUUUGUGGUAGAAAAACUGAAACUUACCCACAUUUCCGGUGUCCCUCAAGAGGACAAGAAGUUCAGUGUUAUCAUCGUGGUGCUUGUUAGUUUUUUUAAUCACUUGUCUUUAACUUAAAUACAUCUGUUUUUUUUUUUAUAUCUACAUAGCACGUAAGGGGGUGGGGAUAAUGCAAGUGCCAGUCGAAAGAGGUCAGACAAUAUGCAAUCACCUAUACAGGGGAAAUAGGCUAAAAUGUGCAGCUAAGCUAUAUGUAAUCUGGUUUUUGAUGUGUCAAAUAUUCAGGAAUAUUUUAAUAUUUUAGCACCUUUUGUGUUUAAAAAAAGAAGUGCUUUGAUUCAGUCACUUGACUUAGAACAUUCCUAUUUUGUUGUUACUUUAAUGUGUCUUCUGACCUCAUACUAUGUAUUAUUAUAUCUGGUAGUCAAAAGUUUUGUUCCAACAACAGAGACCAAAGAGUUAAUCAAAUAUUGUCAGCUGCUAGAAUUGUAUGAUUAAAAGGCAUUUUAAUCUCACCAGAUUUCCAUGGCCAAAAUGGUCAAACAAGGCCAGCUAUUGGUUUUCUAUGCCAGGUUGGAGUAAAUUUGCACUUUGAGUCCUAUGGGUCAUUUUGGGGACCUUAUUCUUUUAUAUUUUGCUGAAUUAAUAAAGAAAAUUGUAGAAAGGUC